AUGGAACUGAACCGAGAACAUUUUCGCGCCAUAAUUUAUUACAACUUUCAAAGAAAAUCAUCGCAACCAGAAUACCUUGCUGAGUUACUGCCUGUUUUCGGCAACAAAGCGCCUCAUCAGUCGACAAUUUCCCGUUGGUAUGGAGAACUCAAACCUGGACGGGUGAGUCUUAGCGACGAUCCCAGGGUGGGUGUACCAAAAACGGCAGUCACCCAGGAAAACGUCGAUGCUGUGCGCAAACUCAUCAUUGAAGAUAGACAUGUGACAUAUCACCUCAAAGACCUCAAUUCAAAAAUUUUACAUGAAGAAUUAGGAGUAAGUAAAUUACUUUCUCGUUGGAUAGCCCACCUGCUGACUGAAGAGCAGAAAGCAGCCAGGGUCAAUUGGUGUCAAAAAACGCUUGACCGUUUCAAUUCCGGAAACUCAAAAAAUGUGUACAGCAUUGUUAGUGGUGACGAAUCGUGGAUUCACUGUUAUGAAUCAGAAAAUAAACGACAGUCGGCUGUUUGGGUGUUCCAAGGUGAAGAAAAGCCAACAAAAGUCAUCCGUUCUCGAAGUGUUUCGAAAAAGACGCUUCGAAAAAUCAACCCCGAAAGAAGAAUCAUCCUCCACCAAGACAAUACAAGCUCGCACACAGCCCAAAAAACAAGGCCGUAUUUAACGGAAGAAAACGUGGAAUUAUUGGACCAUCCUCCAUAUAGUCCCGAUCUAAGUCCUAACGAUUUCUUUACUUUCCCGAAAAUUAAAGACAGACUGCGUGGUCAAUGGUUCCAAUCACCAGAAGAAGCAGUUGACGCAUUAAAAAAUGCCGUUUUGGACCUGCCAGCAAACGGGUGGAAUAAGUGCUUCGAAAAUUGGUUCAAGCGCAUGCAGAUGUGUAUUAAUCUUCGUGGAGAAUACUUCGAAACACAAUAA